GUGAAAUCCAUAACUAGAAGGUUCUGAUCAGUAUAGUCCGACGAGGCUUAUCAGCUUCUUGCAAGGGAGUUUAUGGCUGAAACAUUGAUGAACAUUGCUAUUGAAGUGGUACGCAAGUACAAUAGCCUCAAAGAUAAGGUGCAAAUUCUUAAAAGGAAAAUUGAACGGCUAAGCAGUCAAGCAGCUGACGUGACUAUAAUGCUAAGAGAGGCAGAAAUUCACUCGAGCAAGAAAAGGAAAAGGGAAGUUGAAGAUUGGCUUGCCAUUGUAGGAAAAAGGAAAAAAGAAUUUGAAAGCCUAGAAAAAUCAGUUAAUGAAAGCGGAUUUUAUUCACGUAUACAACUGGCAAAACUUGUUGAUAAAAUGAUUGAGGAAGUGGCAGAACUUGUCGAGCAAGGCACAUUUUCUGAAGGGCUAGUACUUGAUGUCUGUGAAUCAAAGGGGGAGCCACUUGUGACAACAGGAUGGAAAGGCCAAACAUUUGAAGUUAAUUUGCAGAAAGUUUGGCUUAGUUUAAGGGAUGCUAAAGUUUCAGGUAUUGGCAUUUAUGGAAUGGCGGGAGUGGGCAAAACGACUAUGGCAAUGCAUGUCCAUAACGAUCUCUUGACGGAAUCUCUAUUCUUAGGUAAUGUGUAUUGGAUCACUGUUUCACAAGAGUUUAGCAUUCACAAAUUGCAAAAUGACAUUGCCAAAACCUUGGAUCUGGAUAUUUCAAAUGAAGACGAUGAAAAGAAGAGGGCAGCCAAAUUGUCACUGGCAUUUAGGAGAAAGAAGAAAUUUGUACUCAUACUCGAUAAUUUAUGGAAUGGUAUUGCUGUAGAGAAGAUUGGAAUUUCUCCUGAAAUGGAUGGACUCAAGUUGAUCAUAACGAGUCGAUCACUUGAGGUAUGCCGUUCUAUGAAAUGCCAAGAUAAUAUAAAAAUUGAACCUCUACCGGAGGAAGACGCAUGGAAAUUAUUUAUCGAGAAACUUGGUUAUGGCAUAAAACUUCCAUCAGAGACAGAAAAAAUCGCAAAGAAAGUGGCAAAAAGAUGUUCGGGUUUGCCACUUGGGAUUAUUACCAUGGCUGGAAGCAUGAGUGGGGUGACGGACGUUCAUGAAUGGAGGGACGCUAUGGAAGAAUUGAAAGAAUCUUCUAUGGGACGAGAUAACAUGGAAAAUGAAGUAUUACCAAUUCUCCAAUAUAGUUUUAAUCGUCUGAGGGAUCCAAAAUUACAGAGGUGUUUUUUGUAUUGCUCUCUGUAUCCCGAAGGUAAAAAAAUCCCGAGAUAUAGACUGAUAGCCAAAUUUAUUUCUGAGGAGCUGAUGGAUAAACGGAAGAGUAGACAAGCAGAAUUCGACCAGGGUCAUGCAAUGCUGAAUAAACUAGAGAACGUCUGCUUACUGGAAGGUGCUGAAAAUUAUCAGAAGGAAAAGUACGUGAGCAUGCAUGAUUUGAUGAGAGACAUGGCAAUAACGAUCACGAAAGAUAGCCAUAAAUACAUGGUAAAAGCUGGACUUCAACUGAAGGGAAUGCCAGAGGAGCAGGAUUGGAAAGUGGGCCUGGAUAAGGUUUCCUUGAUGCGUAACGAGAUAUCUGAAAUUUCACCAGGCAUGUCACCAAAUUGUCCUAACAUUUCGACUUUAAUUCUAAGAGAGAAUCCUUUAAGGCUGAUUCCGGAUUCGUUCUUUGCGCACAUGCAUGGCUUGCAUAAUCUCGACUUAAGUUAUAUCAAGAUUGAGAAGUUGCCGAGUUCAAUAUCAGACUUGGAGAAUUUAUGUUCACUAUUGCUCAGAGGUUGUGCCAAGCUUAAAUUUGUGCCACCCCUAGGAAAGCUCAAAACACUGAAGGAGCUGGACCUAACAGAAACUAGAAUUAAGGAAAUACCUCAAGGCAUGGAAAACUUAGGCAACCUCAAACGCCUCGAUUUAUUAGCUGUGCGCCUGAGGACGAUACCAACAGGGAUUUUGCCCAGACUCUCAAAUCUUCAGCGUCUCAUGCUUCCAUAUCGUAUGGAAGUGCCAGUGGAAGAACUCGAGGGGUUGAAAAAGCUGGAAGAAUUUCAAGGUGCGUUGCACGAUGUAUGUGAGUUCAACCAAUUUAUUAAGUCUCAACAGAGUCACGGGCAACUUGGGUUCUACAAUAUUCGCAUAGGUAAGGCAGAAUCUCAUGAAGAUUUCUGUGAAGAUCUGGAAAAAUUAAGAGACAAAAGGGUGAUUUUAAGAGGUUGCACUCUCAAUGAAGUAGGAAAAAGAGGAAAGGCUAUACUAUUUGCUCGGGACAUUCAGCACUUGGAAAUUGAUAAGUGCAACAACCUGAGUAGCUGUUUUUUGAAUGAUUUCCCAUGGUUUAAAAAUCCAAGAAAUUUGAGGAGUUGUGAAAUUUUUCGUUGUAAAGAAAUUGAAUGCUUUUUGACAUUGUCCUACCACAAGGAACUGAUUGCAGGAGGAACACAAGGUUCUCACAGGGUUCCACUCCAAAACCUUGAAUACUUACAUCUAUCUGACUUGCCUAACUUUAUUGGCAUGAUUAAGUGGGAACCGAGAAUGGUUGCAUACCCUCCCCGUGAAAUGUUUUCUUGUCUAAAAAAAUUAGACAUUAAAUACUGUGACAGAAUCGAGAAGCUUUUGCCACGGUGUUUGCUGCAAAACCUUUGUAAUUUGGAAUUUUUGUACCUUUUCUCUUGCAACAACAUGGAAGAAAUAGUAGCCGAUGAAGAAGAAGGUAUGGAUGUUACCAACUCUAUAACACUCCCGAGGUUGAGGCAUUUAUCCUUGAAUUGCCUGCCAGAACUGAAAUUGAUCUGCAAAACAACAAUGACUUGCAAUUCCAUAGAAUCUAUUGAUUUAUGGGGCUGUAAAAAACUAAAGAAGUUGCCUUUCUUUCAAUCGACUACUGAUGGACAACCACAUUCUCCAACGGCUCUUAAAGUGAUUGAGAUAUGCAAGGAAGACAAAGAAUGGUGGGAAUCAUUGGAGUGGGAACAACCUGAUUCCCGAAAUAUAAUUCAAUCUUUUGUUAAAUUCUAUUAGCUCCUUGUAGAUAUUCAGUUGUAGGAAUUAGUCGAUAAAGGCUUCAUCAUUAUCCUUUCCCUCAGAGAUUUUAUAUACUAAUAUUAUGUACAAAAUUUUCUUUUGGAACACUAGUCUCUUGUAAUGCCAU